AUGCGACCCAGGAGCCUCUAGUUUCAGGCUGUAGGAUGUGUUCUUCGUAUUGAAUCCACUUCGUUUUCUAAGGGGGUAAACGUCAAAUUAGGCACGCCGAGCGGUAAUCACGACCGCACACGUAUAAGAACCCAAGCGUUCUCGAGGUUGGUUUCUGUAUUCGUCAAUUGUGCCACCUUCAUUCUUCUGCUUCAACGCCGAAACAAUUGUCACCCGCUUUCAAAAUGCAAUAUCCCAUCAUCGUUCUUGCCCUGGCAGCAACAAGUUCCGCCAUCGACAUCCUCGGAUUUGGUGGAUCCACCUACGUUGCCGAACACUGUAAAAACAGUGACACCAUUGUGGUAUCGUGGAGAGGUGUCCAAGCAGACACGUGCUACAGCUCCAGCACUUCAUUGGCGGCCAUGCAAUUCGUAGCCAUCCCUAAGACGUGGCAUAUCAUCACCAGAUCAUACAGCGCCCUCAGCUGUCCCAGUAAUACAAAGCUCCAAGAUUUCCACUCGAAUGGCAAUGACCAGGUGUGCCAUGGCUCAGCCAAGGGAGAAAUCAGAUAUCGAGGCGCAGGCUACAGCUUCGAGCCCACGAAGAGAUCCGAACAGAACGACGGCAACGAUCUCGAGAAUGCCAAUGGAACCAAGAAAAGCUGCGUUGGACCAGAUCGUGUACAUCUGAUUGACGGACAAGAGUAUGCUGUUACUGGCAUCGAUGAUACGAUUGUUGCAGAGAUGGUGAGUUUACAAGCAGAUUGUCUAUUCAAAACUAACUCGUUCAUCGAGUUUGCUUCUAAUGGCACUGUCACUGCGGAUAUGCCUAGCAGGUUUGACCAGUACCUUGCUUCUGCAGAACAGCCUUAG